UCGCUAGCGAACUCCUAAAAACAGAAGAUUGUUUUCCUCCAGAAACAGUCCGUGGAAAAGUGGCAAAGUGGACUCGAAGUGCAGAUAUGGUUGAAUUAGCCUUUAAAGAAGUAUCGGUCAAACGACUUCCUCAUGACAUGCGUGACAACAUACAUGCACAAAUGACAAUUCUUAAGCAACGAUAUGAAGAGGCAGCUGACGGAAAUAUGAAAGAGGCACAAUUGAGAUAUGGAAAUUGUUUGUUUAAAGAAGAGGGCACACCAAAGGAUUUGGCUAAAGCCGCAGAAUAUUUUAAAAAAGCGGUCGAUAAUGGAAAUCCAACCGCUAUGUACAAUAUUAGAAAUAUUUAUUGCCAUGGAUAUGGAGUAAAGAGAGAUCUUGUAGAAGGUAAAAGGUUUUUAAAGUUGGCUGCUUAUCGUCAACAACCUCUAGCUACGAAAAUGUGUAAACAAAAGA